UGCUGCAAAGACCACACUUCAAUCCAGUAAUUAGACCAGUCCGCCUCGGAACGGAAGCUGUGUUGUUUACAUUUUACAAGAUGGCGGCGGGGAUGUAUUUGGAGCACUAUUUGGACAGCAUUGAAAACCUUCCCUUCGAGCUGCAGAGAAACUUCAAUUUAAUGAGAGAUCUUGAUCAACGCACAGAAGAUCUAAAAGGACAGAUAGACUCUCUGGCCAAAGAAUACACAGUUAACGCGCGGACUCUUUCGUCUGAGCAAAAGCUGUCCAUACUGAGGCAGAUCCAGCAGUCUUACAGUAAAUGCAAAGAAUUUGGAGAUGAUAAGGUUCAGCUGGCUAUGCAGACCUAUGAAAUGGUCGACAAACACAUCAGACGUCUGGACACAGACCUAGCUCGGUUCGAGGCUGAUCUCAAGGAAAAGCAGAUUGAGAGCACUGACUAUGAUUCCACCUCCAGUAAGGGGAAGAAAGCAGACUCCAGACAAAAGGAAAAGAAGUCUGCUAAAACAAGGUCUAAAGUGAAGAGCUCAGAUGAAGAUGGCAGUCCUAAGAGUGCACAGAAGAAAGUUAAACUCCUUCAGCCUGGAGAGUUCAACAGCCCUUCAUCCAAUUUUGGGAAUGUGCACCCAUCUGAUGUCCUGGACAUGCCCGUGGACCCCAACGAGCCCACCUACUGUCUGUGUCAUCAGGUGUCUUAUGGUGAAAUGAUCGGCUGUGACAACACUGACUGCUCCAUUGAAUGGUUCCAUUUUGCAUGUGUGGGCCUAACGACCAAACCAAGAGGCAAAUGGUAUUGCCCACGGUGCUCUCAGGAUAGAAAGAGAAAGUAAAAAGUGUUUACUCUGGAACAAAAUAUGGACGCCAAUCUGAUGGAAAAUGAGAAGACUUUUUCCUCUCUAGUUACAAGAACUUUUUGUUUCUCAUGUUUCUUAACAUUUGGUGCUUUACUUUUCAGUUUACGUCCUUAUGUUGAUCUGAUGCAGUGUGUUUGGAAGAGCCAAGUAGUUAUAAAUUUAUUUAAGUUUUUCUACAUUGAUAACAUUGAUGUUUUAGUUACCUUUGGUGCUCUUAUUAUGACUUAUUUUUUACAUUUUGUUGUCCAAGUGAACAAUAAACACUACAACUGCCCCUUCUAUAAUAUAUAUAAAUUUCCAUGAUUCUCUUUACUGUAUUCACAUCCACAGCUGCAAAAUUGAAAGUAUUUUAAUUGAAGAUAGGCCAUGGAUCUUUUCAUGCUGUGUUGUACAGUUAGAUUUCUGUGUUUAGCCUUGGAACACUAGUUUUAUUUUUAAUUAAAACAAGAGGGCAAAUAUGAAAACAAAUGCUGCACCCUGACAGUAUUAGUCAUAUGUGGGGAUGAAUCGAACACUUCAUUGUUACAUUUGACUGAGUACUGCAUAGAAAGUAAUACAUUUCUUGAGAAGUAUUGUGAUUUCUGUAGCUGAAAUAUUGGUACUGGGGAGAGGGGAUGAUUGUGUUGUCAAUCAUUUGAAUACAGCUACUACCUCAA